AUGCUGGGCCUUUUCCUCUCCCCAGCUCUGAAGAUCAUUGUUGUUCAGUGCACGCUCAUGCACGAUGGACCUGAUGGAUGUGCUGCUAAUGACCCUUUCCUUAAUGGUGAUCAGAAAAGGUACCUCUCUCGAUUUCUCGCUUGGUUCUGUAUUUUCAUUUCUGUCCAUGCUGGCUCUGUCUGGCUCUGUUCAGCUUUCUCUGAAAGUCCUUUAGAUGUGAUGACAGCUCAGUGCAUCUCUCCAUCUGCCAUCCAUAACGGUCCUUUCAUUUUGCCCAGCUUUCUGCGGUAGAUGAAUACUCAUCUGGUGCUGCCUUCUUUGAGGCCAAUACCAGUUUGCAGCACCUGAGGCUUUCAGGUGCCCACGUAUCUGUUUUCCUUGCUCUGCUCUCAAGUCAAGAAGACUUGACUUCCUGCUGGCGAAAAGCAGUGGAGGGGAAUUUGGUUAAUAUUUGGUUAAUACCCAUACCCAAAAGGAUGGGAAAAGAAAAUAAUUUUCACCCUCAUUACUCACAUCUCUAAAACGGACAUCAAAUGACAAUGAAUGUCAGCCUCUUUGAGAUGUGAAGUUGACAUAUCAGACCAAGUGGCCUACAGAUGACAGGUCUCCUGUUCUGGUCCUGGACCAACAGCAGUGUCCUCAUUAUUCAGGAACCAAUCUGGCAUUUUAUGUCCACUUGUUCUCACUAUUUUUCCAAAUAUGGGGAAACAUGGGGGGGGGUUAUGCCUGCUGUAAUUUGAAAAGGCGACACCUUUCCAUUUAUUCCCAAGAUGUGCAUCUGAACUCAGAAGUCCACUUUCAGCUCAGUAGAAACAGAUGGAUACAAGAAUCUGUCUUGAAUUCCUCCUUCUCUCAGCAUAGGAGCUGUUUGCCUUUUUUUGAAAAUUUAGCUCAUGAAUUUAGCUUCAUGUCUCCAAUUAUCACUGCCUGAAUCACGAAGGAGGGAAUUGACUAGAGAUUUCUUACAAAUAUAAGAGCUCUGUCGGGUUAAGCAUCCACCUAGUCUAGCACCUUGUACCAAGGGUGGCUGGCCACAACUUGACCACUUCUCUUCUCACCCCAAACAUUAUAUCAUGUAUAAACAAGUAGUUGUGGAUUCCCAAGCCAAUACAGACCCUUGAGGAACACCACUGCUUACCUCCCUCCAUUGUAAGGCCUGUUAUUUUAGUCCUACUCUUUGCUGCCUUUUUCAGCCUGUUACCAUUAUAUAAGGGGAUCUAAAUUCUUGCCCCAUAAUUGCUAAAUUUCCCAGUCUAUGUUGCUUAAUAAAUACUAUCCAGCUUUGCAUGUAAAGUGAACCCAAGAUGAAGAUUAAAAGGCAGAAGCCUAUUGGAAAAAGUGGGGCAGGAAUGGACAUAAAAGUAGUCCCAGGAGAACACUGUGCUGUUCAAAAAUAAAAAUAAAAAAAUCAUAUAUGCAUAUUACUAGCCUGGUUAAACCAGAUGUGACAAAGCUGUGGUCCUCCAGACAUUCUUGGACUUCAACUUCCAUGAGCGCCAGCCAACGUGGCCAAUGGUUAGAUGUUGUAGUACUCCAGUAACAUCUGGAAGGCCACACCAUCCCCACUCCUGGCUUAGACCAUCAUAUUAACAGAAUUAAGUACUGCAUCACUUUAAUACCAUUUAUAUAAAUAACACAGGAGGCAACAGUGAACAGGGCCUUCUCUUUGAUUGUACCCUGUUUAUAGAAGAAAUUCCUCAGUGACACUCAUGCAAGCCAAUCUUGUAGUCCUUUAGUUCUUAUUCUCCCGAGCCUUUGGUGGCUGAUGCAGAACCAGCCCUAACAUUAGGUAGGGUGAAGUAGUUGUCUCAGGCAGCUGAUUUUGAAUGUCAUGAAAAGGUUAUUAUUGUUACUUUUUGACCGUCAGAGGAAAAACCUAUGAGAUUUUCUGCCUGCAUUGUUUGAAAUAAAGUGCCCAAAUUACUCAGCCAAUUUUGGGCACUCUGCCCCUUAAAAGUGGGGAGAGCGAUAUUGCGCCAUUAGUUAUUCUGCCUCAGGGAGCAAAAUGUCUUGGACUGUUGCUGGACUUAUUGCUAGCACUGUAAUUAUUGCUAGCACUGUUCUUUUAACUGUUUUAUUGGAUUUUUGGUUUUGAUGUUAUGUUGUAUUGAUUGAUUGUUUUUAGCUUACUGUUAGCCUCCUUAGACUCUAUUGAUGGAUGCCUGUAUGGGGGGCAGGGGGGAGGCAGUAAUGAUUCGAAACAGCAUUAGCCAUUGUGAACACCCAACCAGGGUGUAGUCAUUAUUACAGAUUCAUUAAUCCAGAAUAGAAGGAAAAUUUUGAUCACACCUCUGCUUGGCUUUUAGAGCUCAUUUUCAAGAAAGGGACAAACACCGUUUCUGUCUUGUUCAAUAUGUACUACUUUAUAUGAUGCCUGUAUGGAUGUCCUUAUAUAGGUCUUUUCUAGACAACCUGUUUAUUGAGCAAACGUCUCCAUUUGUUUGUUUUUACAACCAUGUUGGCUGUUUAUGAAGCAUUCAUUCUGGUUUAUUUGUGGGGAGCUUAUACAACAUUGCCUCAAACAAUUGUUAUCCUCCACUUUCUGUGGCAUUUUCCCACCACUUUCCUCAUUGCAGAAAAAUCCAGUUGCGGGGUGGGGUGGGCGGGUGGAGAGUUUGUUAAGCAAAAGUACCAAACCAACUUUGAUUGCACAACCUGAAGUUGUUGGUAUGUGAGUAAAUCCCACCUGAAAAUAACAGCAGUCUGGGAGCACCCAAAAUUAUGGAGAUUUAGUUGGAAUUCUAUUCAUUGUGCUUAUGAUUAAGACUUUUUUAAAAAAAGUGCUCCCCAGCCACCAACUAAUGCAGUCUCCCAUUUUACAGUGACUGGAAAUCUGGUCUUGACUGAUUUUUUUAAUGCAGGCCUGAACAACUUAUGACCCAUCAAGUCAACUGCAGUGCAACAGUCAUGUAUGUUGUCCUGCCAGACACUUGACAGUGUCUGUUGUUCAGGCAAGCAGCAGAACCAAAAACGCCUAUACUGUUCCUACUGGGCUUCCAUACAUGACUGAAGGGCUGCAUUUGACCUUGUUUCAUGUCCAAGACACACCUUUCUCCUAAUACCUGUCUCACCUGAGAGCUGAUUAAGGUUGACGGCCAAACUUGGAAGCAGGUCCGGGAAUUUCUAAAUUGUAAUAAUGGCUGGGUGGAUUCUCAGUGGAAUCUUAGAGUGCAGAGAGGGGAGAUUUAGCUCUUCCCACCGCAGCCAUGAUCCCAACAGAAAUCUAAUUGGGACCAAUGAAAGUGUGUUUUCUAAGGCAAAUAGCAGCAUGAAAGGCAAUUUUUGUCAGGAACACGGGUGAGGAGGGAAGGAUUAAAUUCUCCCUAUACAUUGCAGUCUGGAUGAAAUUUGCCCCCCCCCCCAUAUCUAUUACUACAAAUUUUAAACUACUCUGAUACAUUUUAUUUAUUUAUCUUGUAAAAUUCUAUGUACCAUUCGAUUGUUUAAAAAUACAUUAAAGCGGUUUACAAAAAAUGAAGCAUUUUCUAGUGUCCUGUCUAGUUUGACCCAUACAGAAACUUCUGCAGUCCAGACUAGAUCCAUGUUUGACAUAGUAAGUGCAACAUCGUGCACAAGUCUUUGGGAAUAUUUCUCUGGAUUGGGGCCACAUAAGAGAAGGGGCAGGGAAAUGAAAAAUCCCUCCUGCAACAUAAACUACAAGGGCAUGUUGAUCAAUGCAGUAAGAAAGUAGAUCAAUUUUCCAGUACAUAAAUGGGUUUUUUAAUCUCCAAGAUUGUAAAUACAAUUAUUUCUACCAAUACAAAACUCAUGUUUUAAUUUAAUAUACUUGCUUAAUUUUAUUACUCACUGUCUUUUGACAACAUUCCUUGCUUGAGCCUCCAUCUUCAUCUCCUUUUAAAUGAGCAUUUAAAUUAACAUUAUAAUAAAAUCCAUAACUGAACCUAGUUGCAGGCUUGUGUGUAGCGUGGGGGGUUGGUGAUGAAUCCUGAAUUGUUCUAAAAUAAGUUCCUUGGGAAAUGGUGGGCCAGAUUCAAUUGCAACAGGGGUAAAUAAUCCCAGCUUCCUUGAAAUUUGUUUAAACACCCGCCAAGCCAAUGAUCUGACCAUUGUCUUUUGUUUCUUGGAGCUCUGGCUAAUUAGCUGAGGCUUAUUUACUUUUUGUGUUUUGAGUUCAUUCUGCUGUGCAACUGCUUUAUGCCCACACAAACUAGACAAUGAGUUAAAUGUACAAAUAUACUUCAUGUUUUAAAAAUAAGCAGCAAUUGCAGGGGGAGACAGCGGUCAGGAUCGGGACCUCUCAGGUGUAACACCUUCGUCUUAUGCUAUGAUCCUGGUGAAAAUUGCUAACCCAAAGCUGCUGUAUGCAUGGGGACAUUUUUAUUGCCUGGGUCUGAUUCUGCUCCCUGACUUUUUAUGGUUGCUGUUUGUUUGUUUGUUUUAAAAAAACAACAGAGGAGAGAAUGUGCUCAUACGUUUCCCAUGCUGACUAGUUUGGCCCUGAAUAAGAUGGUCAACAUAUGCAGAAUGCAGAGCAGGUCCUGCCCAAGAUAUUUUACUGCCUGAGGCAAAGGAUAAAAUGGCACCUUCCCAUCCCAUAUAUAAAAUCCAAUUGGAUUGGCAGUUUUAGCUUACUUCAGCACUGGUGAUAGUACAGUGUUUUCUACACAGCACCUGGAGGUAGCAGGUUAGCAGACUCAGGGGAAUGGUAAGGGCUGGAGCCAUAUCCCCCUCCUCUACAAUUGCUACCUGAGGCAGCUGCCUCUCUCUGCCUUAUGAUAGAGCUGGGCCCUGGUGUACCGUACCAGUAGCGGAAUACCUGCUUUCCACUAUCUCUGUUAAAAUUAUUGUCCAGUUAUUCCUGGCAAGAAGGUUAGUCGUUUCUUCUUUGAUGAGGGCCAUCAAAUCAUUUAUUGUUUUGUCCAUUUAUGCUAGGUGAGGCCAUAGCCUGACGCAAGUCACAGGGGACACCCUUACCUAUAUAAGCUUCCUACAUGGGCCUGGUCACUUUUAAAUGCACUUAACAUAUAUGUGCAUUAUCACAUAGUAAUUAUAUCUAAGAGUGAUCAGCGGCCUAGGUGUGUGUGCCACUAGAGUACUAUGAAAGACCAUAUGAAAAGCUCUGCUGGAUCAGGCCAAAGGCCCAUCGAGUCCACCAGCCUGUUCUCAACGCAGCCAGCUAGAUGCCUAUGGGAAGCCCACGAGCAGCAUCUGAGUUUACCAGCACACUCUCCACUUGUGAUUCCCAGCAGCUGCUAUUCAGAGGCAUUCUGCCUCUGACAGUGGGGGAAAAUAUGGUCAUCACAGCUAUUAGCCACUGGGAGCCUUCUAUUCCCCAAAUUUGUCCAGUCCUCUUUUAAAGCUUUCUAAGUUGGUGGCCAUCACUACAUCUUGUCGGAGUGAAUUCAGUAGCUGGAGUGCACUCUUUGAAAAAGUACUUUGUUCUCUCUGUCCUGAGCCUUUCAAAAUUCAGCAUCACGGGGUUUUAGUAUUACGAAGGUGAGAGAAAAACACCUCUGUAGCCAGUCUUAUAGUCCUCUAUCAUUUGUCCUAAACUAAAAAAGUUCCAAAUGUUGUAAUCUCCCCUCAAAGGGGAGCUUCUGCGACUCAUUGAUUAUUCUGGUUGCCCUUAAAAAAAACCCUUUUCUGUCUCUAAAAAUAUCCUUUUUGAGGCGAGGCGAAGACCAGAACUGCACACAGCCUUCUACCUAUGGUCUCACCAUCGAUGUGUGAUGACAUUAGACACGAACAGGUCAGUGCUCAUGCUACGUACAUGUAAAUGUACCUUGUGCCUCUGGAAAGCUUACGCAGGUAGGAACUUCAUGUGUGGCCUGCAUCCGGCCUAAGGCAUUUUGCUGCCUGAGCAAAAUAACAAGAUGGCUGCCUCCUUCUACAUUCCAUGUACAGAAGCAGCGGCGUAGCGUGGGUUGUCAGCACCCAGUGCAAGGCAAGUAAUUUGCGCCCCCUAACCCGGGGCAAGGCAAGUAAUUUGCGCCCCCUAACCCCUAACCUGCCGCCGCUGCCAGCUUCUUCUUGCUGCUGCCUGGUCUGGUCUGGUGUGGUUCUCUCCCGCGCUCAGCGCUGCGCUGGGCGGCCGCUGCACUGUCCCUCCCCCAGAUAGUCCCUCGCUCUCUCUCCGCACCGCACGCCUGGCACCCAGCCCUUCCCCAGUGGGCGGCGACCCAGCGGCUCGGAUCGGAUUCGCACAGCCAGCACUGCAGUGAGAGAGAGUGAGUGAGCCAGGUAGGGGCAGAGAGCUGCGAGUGCGAGCGCGCCCCCCCAGAUGUUGCGCCCGGUGUGGGCGGCACCCCCUGCACCCCCCACGCUACGCCACUGUACAGAAGUGAGCUGAACAGGCCAUUUGAAUGUAGUUUCAACACCGUUGAUGAGGCAAUGUCCUCCACUGUACUUGAAGGUGGUAGGCUGCCUUACGGGGUGUGCUCUGUGGUACACCUCCAAAACAUACUCCCCGCCUUCUGACACCUGUUGCCUGAUGUGGUCACUUCACUUUGCUUAAUGGUAAGGCCAGCCCUGAUACCGCUAAAUGAGGUGGCAGAACCCGGAGAUGGCAGAAUGGGAUACUCCACUACAAGUGAAGAAUCAUACAUGUUAAUGUCAGACCCUCCAAGUAUCCCUAUGUUCCAGGGGCAGUCCCGGAUUUACAGAAGCCGUACCGGUUUCUGAUAUGAUCCUGGAAUGUCCCACUUUUCCUUAGGGCAUCCCUAUUCUCAUCAGAGUAAUGUUGGAUGAUAUGGAGCCAAGGAGAUAAGUAAUUAUACAACCUUUAGAAGAUAUCUAAAGGCAGCCCUGUAUAGGGAAGUUUUUAAAAAAAUGUUUAUUGUUUUAUUACAUAGAACAUCCCUAUUUUCAUCGGAGAAUGUUGGAGGAUAUGUAAUAUGUCCAGAAACUCACCACAAGUAGAAAGCUAGCAAAGCAGGGCCAAGGCUAGGCUUGAAAUAUUCUCUCCGUGGAGUUUCUUUUCGACUUUCAAUAGACUUUUUUACAUGGCAGAGAAAUAGAAAAAAGGCAUCCCUUCCUCACCAUCUGAACUGGCACAGUACAUUUUAUCCUGCUUGCCUGUGAGCUGAGAGAUUCAAAUAGAUCUGGAGCAUUUUGAAACGGCAGACAAUUGCCAUCCCUGAUGCUUUGUUUGUUUCAAGGUUCCUGUCUCGCAUUUACCAGUUUGUUUUUGUACAGCUAAGUAAGCAGCAGUCAAGCUCUGCCAGUUUAGAUCAGCCAGGGGCCUGACCUCUGGCCAUAUGAUUCAUUCUUUGGUGGAUUAUGGAAAUCGGGCUUUUCUAAGGACGUGCAGCCAAUGCUUUUGGGAUGGCAGUAAACCUUUGCUAGGAACAAGUUUCAGUCAGGGUGAACAAGAUAAUAGUAUUUCCCUCCUCCUGGUGUACCAGGAAUCUUGCCCUCUGGCUGAUCUGUAGCACAUCAGUGAAAAGGGAUUUGCAGAUGAGCUGUAAUAGGUUCCAAAUGCCGUGAGUUUAUCUUGAUAGGAGCGGCGUGGCUGGCAGCUUCUGUGCAUGUAAGGCCAUAUGGGAUCAGAUCUUACUUUGUGGUUGCGAUUUCGCUUUUGAAAAUACGAGGCAGGUAAAUCGGUACGAUUUAACCUAAAAGAACGUGAUUAUGUUCCUAUCAUGGUGGAAGCAGUCUGGCUUUAUUCAGUGGGAUAAGUCUUCAGAAAUGGGAACUGGGGUAAUUAAUUCAGACCAUGUGAUGCUAGAUGAUGAUAAACAUCGAAGCGCUCCAGGGCUGGGGAGAAUCCAUACUAUGCGGAGGCCAUUUACUUCCUGUUCUGAAAAGAUGCUGCUUUUAUGUUGAAAGAAAGCUGAUAGGCUACAGCAGAGAGACAGUCAGGUUAGAAUGAAAGAGUGAGAGACUAAAAUGGCGUAAGCCCCGCAGGGUACAGCCUUCCAGGAGAGGGGGUGGGGAGAGAGAAAAAAACGUUUAGCCUAAAAUAACCCAGUUGUAACAAUGGGUUCUCUUAGGCUGUAGGAAAGCAGGGAUGGUGCCCUGUUGCUUGGACUUAAGUGGCUUAUACAGAAUAAUACCCGAGUGUGCAGCGGACGGGCAGACACAGUGACCUGAUUUCUGAAGCCAAGCCCUCCUUUUGGUGCAAACAAUUGCAGGCAGUACUCACUGCUGGAAAAACUGAAGCAGCUGCCUGGAAGGUUGUCUGUCGGCCAAUGUGCAUGGUCACAAUAUAUCAGAGGCUGUUUUUAUUGCCAGGCGCUUUGAGUUCUUCAGUUUAAUAUGGUUAACUCUCAUUUUUCAAGUACCUUUGUGUUUGGAUUCCUGACCUUAGACUUUGGAUCCAUCAGACCUUUGGUGUCUGACCUUUCCCCUGAUCUGGGCAACGAGAGAAGGCUUCAAGUGUCACCAUUCUUAAUCAGACCAAGAGCUCCUUGAGUAGACAUCCUGACUGUCCUUGAUUUGACUGUUUCAGAACUGACUACUGGUUUUAUUUACAACAGCUAGAGAUCUAAUCUACUAACCCCAAAGGAGAACACCCUCCCAAGCUGAUAUUUUGCUGAUGGGAUUUGAUCCAUCUUAACAUUUUGUUACCCUCCAGCAACAUCCCACUCCUGUUUCAUCCAAGGAUGGUUCUUCGGAAAACAGAAGAAAGAGGCCUUCAUGCUGGCCUAAGAUGUUCAAGAACAAGACACACCAAAACAGAAAGUGUUAUUUCUUCCUCCCUGCCUUGUCCGCCUGCAGGUUAUUUUUGCAGCAGAGGAAGUUUAGAUGACACCCAUUCCCAAAAAGAUGGUUAAUAAGAAGAGAAACCGGUGGAUAAGUGACCAAGGAUGAUGAAAGCCUUUUCCUUUCAGUGUCAGCUGUUGCUCAGGCCAGAACAAAAAGCCCAAACAUUGUAGAAGAUUGGAUCUUUUAGACUUGAUGGUCCAGUGUCUGACCCACUGGGGUUGAUGUUGUGUUUUCAUGGUUUCUUGAAGCACUUUCUCCAUUUGCUAGGACUUUUUUCUUGAGUGACGGCUAUUUUUUAUUUAAUUCAUUUUAUUCUUAAAAUCAAUGUAUGUAUUAUUUAAAAUAUUCAGUUAAUGGAUGCUGAUAUUUCAUUGAGAAAGAGCAACCACGUUAUUAUGCUGUCCUAGAUAAUUAUUAUGAAAAUGAAAAGAAGUUCAUCUUACCUGGAAGCAGCUAAUUCUUUGCUGUCCAUUAUGAUGUCUGACCAAAUGUGCCAAUUUUGAAGUUUCUGAGGGCCAAAACAGAUUAAAUCCAUGUCCGAUCUCCUGAUUUAUUUAUUCAUUUAUUUAGUUACCUUAAAUGCCCCACCAGGGCUGUUUUCCUGAUCUAAACCACACACAUAGCUGCUCUUAGACCUACAGGUACUGGUACUUAUAUUUCCCCCCUGCAGUUAAUAGUCAAGGGGGAGGGGAGAAAUCAGAAAAAUGCGAUGGAUAGUGUUUAACCAUACACCCCAGCAUUGCAUCCCCAGUCACACACACACAGUGGGACUUCAUCUAGUUCAGGGGUCAGCAACCUUUUUCAGCCGUGGGCCGGUCCACUGUCCCUCAGACCAUGUGGUGGGCCGGACUAUAUUUUGGAAAAAAAUAAUGAAUGAAUUCCUAUGCUCCAUAAAUAACCCAGAGAUGCAUUUUAAAUAAAAGGUCACAUUCUACUCAUGUAAAAACACGCUGAUUCCUGGACCAUCCGCGGGCCAGAUUGAGAAGGCGAUUAGGUUGCCUACCCCUGAUCUAGUUUGUUCUUAACUACCCAUAAGGGGGCUAGGUUGCGUAUCCAAAUAUUGUUCUGAUUUUUGGAUCACUAUCUGGAGAGUUGAAUGGCACCCAAGAUUACAGAAGCUAGUUGUUUCUAUAUAUGAAAGCUUGAAAGAUUAUGUCUUUCAAACUGAAACAAACAUAAAACGAGUGACUAUUCUUAUAAUGAUAAGAGUAGAUUUCCCUUGCAACAUCCAACUCCAAAUUGUGUUAGGAAAAGCAUUUUUAUAACAUAAAAUUAUUUUAAUAUUCUGAAUUAAAUAACUUCCCAAUAUGUGUGCUUCCUAAUAAAGCUUUUCUUUUAUCUAUUUCAUGCAAAAAGUGUUGUGGUGGGAAAAAUAGAAGAGCGGAGGGCUUUGAUUCAUUGGUUAGAGUUUUUGUUUUAAAACAUAAUUACAAGCAGAGGAAGGGAAAUCACGAAUUUCAGGCGGCAAUCCUCUUCACACUUACCCGGGAGUAUGGUCCAUUGAAGUCAGUGGGUUCUUACUUCUGAGUAGGAAUGUAUUGGAUUACACUGUAAAAAGGCUUUGAUGCUCCCAGUAACAUUCUAUUCUUAUUCUAUUCAUGCCAAUUAAAGUUUGUACUAUAAAGCAUGGAUGCAAAUGAGGGGAUUAUGGAGCUUAAAAAUGAUUCUGUUUGUCUUGAGUUCACACUGCUAGCCAAAGAAUUGGUUUAUCUGUAAUGGAGGCUAAUCUGUUCUUAUUCAGCAUUCAUGGUGGAGCUUGCAAUGGAAUAGCUGUCCAGUCUUCUGCUCUCAUUUUGAAAAUAUAUUAAUGAAAAUAUUCAGAGUUGUAAUUACUUAACACACACACACACACACACAAUAUAUAUAUAUAUAUAUAUAUAUAUAUAUAUAUAUAUAUCUCCUAGUCAAUCAUUUUCUUUCCUUCACUGAGAUUUUUCUCCCACACCAGUAUAAAUUAUUUUAGACAAAUAAUUCCAAAAUUUUCUGUCAGAUAAAUAUUGGUAUAGUAUUCAUUGAGAACUUAAUUUUGAGGCAACAUUUAUUUUAAUUAUAGUGAUCCUCCCUAACCACCUGUGGUUUUUCUUUUUGUUUGUGAGCUUUUUUAUUGUUUUAUUUACUCAGCUCAUAUCGUUCACUGACAUGUCUGCAUAUAUUUUUAGUCCUAGGUAUUUUAUGAUAAUAAAUUUCCAAGGAAUGAAUAAAAAUUGCAAUUUUGCUUACAUGGAUAUAUAUGGCGAGCAGAUAUAUUUAAUGCCCAAUAAUCUCUAUUUCUGCUCAUUGAUUUUAUGCCCCGGGUGAUGAAGGCUGUAACUAGGGAUAAUCUGUAGGGUUUUGUGAAGAGAUACAACCGGAUCAGAAAUGGAAUAGCCGCAUUAUCCAUGUAUAAAGAGAUUACAUUUUAUUAUAUCCCCUGCUCCUGUCUAAUUGUGAUAGACAUUGACUUUAAUGGGAGCAUGAAGGUUAAUAGAACAUCCUCGGCCAUUUUGCUUACUGCUUUGUCACCGAAAACAAUUUGAAUAAUUCUAGCUCAGUGAGCAUCAGUGAAAAUUGCAAAUGAAAUAAGCACAUGCAUUGCUAAGUAAGAGGGCAUAGAUGUGUGUAGAAUUUGCAUAUGCUAAUUUAUGUGCAUCAAUGCAAAUUUAGAAAGAAUUAUAGUAAUUUAAAUAGAAGGACAAUGCAUCUCACCAUAGUGGGGAAGGCUAUGUUCAAGUGACCUGUGAGUGCCUGCUCAGUCUGUUAACCAGGUGCUGACUGGGGAUGAGCAAGUACCAUCCUGCCCCCUGCCCCCUGCUCUCCUUUCUUAUGACUGAUUAUCAUUAAAACAGACUUGGACUCAACAGCCCUUUAAAUAGUGGUUACCUUGAAAUAGAUUAGUGUCCUCUGUGAAGUAGAACACUAUCUUCUCUAUUUGUAAAGUGGCAGUCUUAUGUGAACAUACCUUGGAAAAAGUGGGAGGGAAGGUUCUCAGUAAGAAUUUACAGGAUUGGGCUGCACACCAGAUCCUAGGAUAGUCCCUUUCCGAUAAUUUACCUUAGGCUGCAAUCCUAAGCACACUUGCUCAAGAGAAAGCCACAUUAGACACAAACAUUAAGACUCAAUAUCCAAAUAAAUACGGACAGAAUUACCGUUUUAUAAUCUAUUCAAAUGCUUUAUAUGCAUCUCAAAUAAAAUAGAUGUUGAUCUUUUUAGCUAUUCUUGAUUUUACUCCAGUAUUUAAUUCUUCUGCUGCUGUCCAGGCCAUCAGUGUGGUGCUCUCCAGAAGUUAUUGGUAAAUGGGAAUAGGUGCCCAGCAAUAACCUGAGAUAGCUCAGUCGGUAGAGCAAGAGACUCUUAAGCUCAAGGUCAUGAGUUUGAGCCCCAUGUUGGGCAAAAGAUUUCUGCAUUACAGGGGAUUGGGCUAGAUGACCCUCAUGGUCCCUUCCAACUCUACGAUUCUAACAUAAGAAAUGGAAGUGGGAAAAUCCUGAAGGUCGCAGGUUGCCCCCUCCCAAAAUUGAUUGUCAGAAGGAAAUUCCUCCCUCAGAAAACUAUUUUGGUCCACAUUGAUAUGAUUUAUUAUUUAUUUGUUGCGCUUCCAUUGCACAUUUGCUGCAAGGAGCUCAAGGGGGCAUACAUGGCCUCUCCCUCUCCUCAUUUUGUCCUCACAACAGCGCUGUGGUGGGAAGGCUGAAAGACAGUGACAGGCUCAAAGCCACCCAGCGAACUCCACGGCUGAAUGGGAAUUUGAGCCCCAGUCUCCUAGGCAGACAUUCAAACCAUUACCCCACAGUGGUGCAAGGAAGUGAUCAGCCAAGAGAUACCAAGUUAAUUCUGAAAGUAUUUUUGAGUCACUAUUUCACUGAGAGCUUGGUCUAUAAUAAUCUGGGACCAAAGCUGCAUAAGAGACUUGUUGGAUUAGCAAAUUUCACCUGUUUUCAAUAAGGCUAUCCAAAUGCCUCUGGAAAGCAUACAAACAGUACGUUAAUUCAACUGGGAGCUGAUCUUUAAUAUAACGAUCAUACAACAUUUGUACAAAGCUGACAAUUUUUCAUUAAUUCCACGGAUUGCAUUUUGUGUGCGUGCUACAUUUCAUUAAUGUUUCCUUAUUACAUAAAUUAGAGAGUAACACGUUUGUGCAAUUGGUUCAAUGUCUGAGGUGCCGCACCAUGUGCUCCCAUCAAGUUCAGUGGCUCUCCACUAGGAGCAGGGACUUUUGAGUAGUGGUGCCAGCCUUCUGACACUCCCUCCCCAUGACACUACCUGGCCCAGGCAAGAAAGUCUUCAGACUCCAGGUUAAAACUUGGUGCUUGAAGGAGGCUUUGUGGUCAGUGAAUCCUGCCUUUGCCUCCGUACACACCAAACAUUUAAAGCACGUAGCUUCCUCCGAAGAGUCCUGGGAACUAUAAUUUGAUAAGAGUGCUGGGAAUUGUAGCAAUGUGAGUGGUACAAUGUAGCAAUGUGCUUUAGCUGUAUGGUGUGUACACUUACCGAUUUGUUCCUGCUUUCUUGUGUGUUUUUUGCUGCUUUGAUUACAGUGUACUGAUUUGCAUCUUUCUGUUUCUGCAGAUGUGCAGUUUUGGUUUUGUUGUGUGAUUUUGAUUGUUUCCUUGUUUGUAGUGAGUUAGUUGCAAGCAGCUAUGAAUCAUUUUAGAAGAGCGGGAUUAGUAUUAUUUUUAAAAGAAGAAGUAAAAUAAGGAGAGAAUAAUAAAAGGUUUCCUUCCUUCCUUCCUAUCCUGUUGUUUCCUUCAGUGUUUGACAGCACAUAUCUAGCAAAGGUGCAUGUAUAGCACAUCUCUCAUUAUCUGAAGCUCAAUUAUCCAAUCUACUUGCUUUGAAUCAAUUGACAGGGGAAUAGCGAUAGUUGGUGAUGUGACAAAAGGGGUACAGCAUCUCUUCAGUGGUAUAUGUCUGCAGCCGAUCAGUCCCGCUGAUUUUUUCACCAUUUGUGCAUUUCCGACUCAUUUUUAAUGAUGAUUUUGAAAAACAUUCUUGAUACUGAACAUGCCCAAUUAAGUGAUCUCCCAGGAAACCAACAUCCUCAGCUAAUACACCUGCUGAGCACCUGCUGAGCAGAGAGCCAGAACAAACAGUAGGGUGGGCUUUAUUUCUCCAUUGACUUUGUAUCUGACUUUCUACCAUUUAAAAAAAAAUAUUAUUGGAUUUUAUUUUGCAGUGGAAAAAAGCAGGGCUUUUUCUCAGCCAGAACUUGCCGGAACUCAGUCAUGGCACAUCUUAGGUGGGUGACAUUGCCAUUCUAAGAGAACGGGGGAGGUGUUCAUGGUGAGUUCUGGCACCUCGUUCUCUAGAAAAACAGCACUGAAAAAAUAAUAAAGAAACAAUUUAAAAAAUCAAUAUCACGAGAAAAACAAGUCCAAUUCACUGCUUCUUACAGCAGAUAUAUUUAAAAACGGGGAUUUUUGCUGACCAUGACAGCUAUUUUGUUCUGGCGUCCAUGGCGCUUUCCUGAAUAUUUGGGUAUCGGCACCUCAUUUUCUACCCCAGAAAGCAUUAUACAGUGGUACCUUUGGUUACAUACGCUUCAGGUUACAGACUCUGCUAACCCAGAAAUAGUACCUCAGGUUAAGCACUUUACUUCAGGAUGAGAACAGAAAUCGCGCUCCGGUGGCGCAGCGGCAGCAGGAGGCCCCAUUAGCUAAAGUGGUGCUUCAGGUUAAGAACAGUUUCAGGUUAAGAACAGACCUCCGGAACAAAUUAAGUACUUAACCCGAGGUACCACUGUAUAAAAAUAUCCAUCGGUUAGGGCAUGGUGCUGAUAAUGCCAAGGUUGCAAGUUCAAUCCCUGUAUGGGGCAGCUGCAUAUUUCUACAUUGUAGGGGGUUGGACCACAUGAUCUUUGGGAUGCAUUCCAAGGCUACAAUUCUAUGAGCUGUAUCCCAGAUUUCAUGGACUAAUAAUAGCAGCAUAUCAGAAAAGACCGUCGAGGUUGCAUUUCACAAUAAACUAUACUCAAAUGCUGAUGAAUUUUCAUAAAGACUUUUUAAUAAAAAAAAUCACAAACUCCUGUAGAAAUGUGGAGAAGCGAGCCUUAGAUUAGAAAAAUGAGAAACUGAAAUUGACAUAUUGCCCAUUUCCCUCCUCAGAUGCAAGUCUUGGUCAUCAAAGCCCCCUGCAAUUUUAAAUAGACAUUGCCUCCUUGCAACUUGUGCCUCUGAUUGCUUCUUGUUGGGCAUAGCAUGGCGUCAGUGAUGAACUGCCCAGACUCUACUAGAGGAGCGACCAUGUCAGUCAUAUCAGUGGUCCUUAUGUGAUCAGAGACAUUUGAGCUGAAAGUGCUUAGGAUGCAUAUGGAGCAGAAGCACUUGUCCUGCAAUCUGGGAUACGGGAUGCAGGAUGCAGGUCCUUCCUACAGUGGUAUUUUGGACCACCAGGAUGGAGCUGAUACUUGUGUGUAGAAGCAUCCAUUAUGUAGAUUGGCCUCCUUGAAUCUAGGUGAUUGGCAUUGAUGCUGUACAGUUUGAGUUUAGCCUAGGACCCUCGUACCUACUGGACCGCCUCUCCUGGUAUGUCCCACGGAGGACCCUACGGUCUUCAAAUAAAAACAUCUUGGAGAUCCAGGCCACAGGGAGGUUAGGCUGGCCUCAACCAGAGCCAGGGCUUUUUCGGCUGUGGCCCCGAUCUGGUGGAACGCUCUGUCACAAGAGACUAGGGCCCUGCAGGACUUGACAUCUUUCCGCAGGGCCUGCAAAACAGAGCUGUUCCACCAGGCCUUUGGCCAAGGCACAGUCUGACCCCCUCCUUCGGUAAUCCUCACAGAACUCUAGCCCAAUGGUUGUCAUUAAUUUGAUUUUGAAUUGAUUUUAGAAUGAAUUGAUUUUAGAAUGCAUUUCAAUUAAUUGAUUGUGAUUUUAUGUAAACUGUCACUUUUAUUGUUGUUAGCCGCUCUGAGCCUGGCUUCGGCUAGGGAGGGCGGGAUAUAAAUAAAAAUUAUUAUUAUUAUUAUUAUUAUUAUUUUAGUGGCGUUUGCAUGGACAGAAAGACGUGUGGGAUGAUUCACACAAAGAUCUGUGUAAUCAGCAGUGGUUGGUGGAUUGAGCUCCUUGUUUGCAACAGGAGCUACUGAUUCAAACAGGUUAUGGUACAUUAUAAAUUCAUAAAACUGACCUGUGUUCUGAAAAAGUAUUGUUCUUAUUUCUUAUUCUGUCUAUGCAGCAGUGAAGCCAAAUCCACCAUCAGCCGAUCCAUACAUAUAUUAAUAUUCUAUAAGAAUGUCACUCAGUUCAUGUCAGUCAUUUUAAACACUCUUCAGGUCAUGGGGUGGGGGGGCUAUGAGUUCAACAGUUAACCACAUAGAAAAUUACUGUAUUUUUCGCUCUAUAACAUGCACCCGACCAUAACACACACGUAGUUUUUAGAGGAGGAAAAUCCGUAGGUAUGCCACCUGUAGGCAUUUCCUCCAUAACACGCACAGACAUUUCCCCUUACUUUCUAGGAGGAAAAAAGUGAGUGUUAUGGUGCAAAAAAUACGGUAAUUCCCAUUGCGACCGAGAGUGGUUUGAUUACUAUGCAAGAGUGGUGGAACCUGAAUAGUUGGAUUUGUUAUUCACACAAAUAGGGGGUAAAACUUGCUAUAAGCUUAGAAUCAAAUGACCUGUUCUUGUGAAAUUUGGUCUACGGCUGGCUCCUAGCAUGCUUCAUUAGUAUAAGUUUAAAGUAAAAGACACUGACACAAGGAGAAUCUUGCUGUUUAGCCUGCAUUUCUCCUUGCAGUUUCAUCUGUGAGUUUGUAUUUGAAAAUUGGGAUGUUUUCAGAUGGGAGUCGGUUGCGAAAUUGGUAGUACUCACGCCCACAAGUUUUUUCAGCAUCCAUACAAUGUCAUUAUCAAAGUGCUAACCAAACUUCUUUUUAUUUAAAAAAAUGAUCUGGAUUUCGCCUCCCUGCAGAAAAUCUGAUAAAUAAAACAUUACCUGUUAUAUAUCUGCAGGUACUGCUUGUGUAUUAGAGCUGAUUUGUACAUUUUGGGAGUGGGUUUGCCAAGUAUAUGAUGCCGUUUGUGUGGGUAGCCUAUACUGUCACACACCAACUUCUGUUUGCUUCUCCCUUGAGCACAACCUAGCCAUUCUAAUUCUGGUGGACCCAAACGCCAAAGAAAAUAAGUCAAUUCUCAUUGAUCUGCUGCACCUUUUGGGUUCUCUGCACUUUGACUGGGAAGAGAAGGGCAUUUGCCCCAGAACAUCUUGAAAACAGGAGUGUUAAACUCCUGACUUAGCUUAACUUAAUACAUAACCCAACCACAAAUCACUCUUGUCGCUGGUUUAUACAGAAAAGCGAUGCUGUCUAUUACUGCUUUCAGAUGAGGUGUUCAUUGUGGAUUUGCUAUACAGUGGUACCUCGGGUUACAGACACUUCAGGUUACAGACUCCGCUAACCCAGAAAUAGUACCUCGGGUUAAGAACUUUGCUUCAGGAUGAGAACAGAAAUUGUGUGGCGGCGGCGCGGCGGCAACGGGAGGAGGCCCCAUUAGCUAAAGUGGUUCCUCAGGUUAAGAACAGUUUCAGGUUAAGAACGGACCUCCAGAACAAAUUAAGUUCUUAACCAGAGGUACCACUGUACUUUGUUCACUCAUAUUUUACAGCAGUGGUGGGGUGCUCCACAUGAUGUAGGUUCCUUCCAGGUGGGUAGUUCCUAACACUAUCCAUUCAUUACUCUUCCAUUGUAAGCUCUGUGCAGAAUUGCAACAGACUUCCCUAUCUGCUAGGAGUGUCACAGUUUUGCAUGUGAACAUCAUCUAAUGUUCCAUCCACAUUAGUGGAUGUGACAUAGUCCUGUGGCUGGGGAAGAAAAGGGUACAAUUCAGCUGAGCAUACGUGUGUGUGUGUGUGUGUGUGUGUGUGUACACACACACAUUUAAUUUUUAAAUAAAAGGAUAAAUCUUACAUCCAGGCCCCUCUCUGUGCACAUAUGUGUGCGUACGCGCGCACACACACACACACACACACACACACACACACACAGCCAGCCAAUAAAUCUCACCCUGCAUUCCAAGGGCAUCUGUUUGGACAACAGAAAGCUGACUAUAGUUGCUCCGAGACAAGGUAUUUGUUUUGGAAUUGUCAUGCGUCAUUAAUUCACAGUUUUUUCAGGGUGUCCAGACAACAUAGUAAUCUUUUUAUGAUCAGUCCUUGUUUCCUCAGCAAUUGUGGGAAGGAAGCUUGCGAACACGUGGAAGGACAUCGCAUGAAGUUCAACACGCACAAAACACAAAACUUUGCAAGUGUAGAAACACUGCUGCAAUUCUGCAUGUAGACAAAGAGCAAUGAACACAUAGUGUUGAGAACUGCCUGUCGAGAAGCAGCCUAUGAUACCAUCCAUCUACAUUUCAUGAAGAAUAUAGAAAUCAUUCAUCAAAUCAGAGGUUUAAACAGAUGUGGUGCCAUUUUUGUGGCAUUCUCGUUGACAAUGGCCGAAAUGUCACAAAAGGAAAAGGCAUCUUGGGUAACUGAGUUGUAAAUAUUAAUAGAUGUUCUAUAACAUUUUAAAUAUUCCCCAAAUUGUGAAACUCAAUUUUGUGGUGGUAGUGCAUGAAAUUGAAGACUGUCUCUAAAAGCUGCAUUUGAUACAGAUAUGAUAAUUUCACCGAUGGUCUUGAUAUGCUGUUUGCACUUGAGUUUCGCAAUGCCGAUUUGCUUAAUGUUGUUAUUUCACGUUUCAUGUAAUUCAGGGCUGGUGUAAACUGUAAAUAUUGUUUUACAAAAUAUUUUCUGAUUUUCAGCAACAGACAAAAUAAAAGAACAGUAUGCUGGCUUCAAAUCCGCUGGAAUAAAUAUCAAGGAUUUGAAUAGUGAAGAAUAAGUUUGUAUUUAUAAGGCAGUUUCAUUUAAAUUGAAAACUUCAUUUAUUAAUGCAAAUAUGAUCACUUAACAAACUUUAAAAAAUAAAUUUCCAGAAAAAAAUGAAAAGAAAAAUGUAUCAAAAAUCAGAUUCCACUGAGACUGUAUUUUAACUCUGUGUUAAUAAUAUACGUAUCUAAGAGUCAUCCCUCCUGCUGCAAUCUCUACUUUUAAGAUUGAUUUUUGGAACCAACAGUUUAUGUGCAGUUUCCACAAGGAACUGCAUUUUGGUAGCAUUGUAUUUUAUCCCUAUGGGUUUUAUAUGCUUGUUGAAUGCAAGAAGAUACUGAACUUUUGAUAUUUAUGAAAAGAGAUACAGUGGUACCUUGGUUUAAGAACAGUCCUGUUUACGAACUAUUCGGUUUACGAACUCCACAAAACCAGAAGUAGUGUCCCGGUUUGCGAACUUUACCUCGGUCUAAGAACGGAAGCCGAACGGUGGAAAGGAGGACUCAUUAGGGAAAGCGCACCUCAGUUUAAGAACGGUUUCGGUUUAAGAACGGACUUCCAGAACGGAUUAAGUUUGUAAACCGAGGUACCACUGUAUUACGUACUGAACAGCUAAACCCUUUUAUAUCUUUGGUAGUUUUUCCAGGGCUGUUUCAUAAGGCCAUUUUUACAACUACUGUACAUUUAAUCAGUAUCAGCUGAGGGAAUAGAAAUGGGGCAGAAAGUUGGUUCAAACUGAAACGCAGCCAUCCUUUGAAAUUCACACUUCUGAAAAAUUUGCGAUGCAGUUCUUCAACUGAAAAAGGUGUACGAAAAUGCCUAUAUAAGGCGAAAUGCUUAUAUCAGUGUAAAUAAUAUACAAAAAUGCAUUAUGUUAGGGGGUAAGUGCUUGCAACAACAUGUAUAUUAGGCAAAAUUACACACAGAAGUGUCUGUGUUAGCAGAAAUGAACACAAAAGUGCUGACAAAUUUUCAUGAGGCCUGGAGAGGGGUGGGGAUAAUUCACAUACUGAUGUGGAUGAACUGAACUUAAGAAUUGAAAAUUGAGGAACUGAGUGACAUUGAAAUGGAUAGCUUGCCCUAAAACUAGCUCUCCAGCUAGAAAAGAGCCUCCAAAAAUAUUCCAGCUGCACAGUUUGAUCUCUCAAGAAGUAUUUACCAAUCAUACGAAUUCUAACUAGCACUUAAUUAUAUUCAGCAGAGACACUUCAUAUCACCUAGGGAGUUGCUCCCUGGUUCUUCCCUCCACCCCACCCUGAUGAUGUGCACUUUUUGUGCUGGAGUCUUGGAAUCAGACACCUGUGAUUAUUCACUUCCAAAUCUUGUCUGUUUUUGUUUCAGUCCAGGCAAAGCCAACCAGGUCUCCUGCCAUUGGAAACAGCACUGAAGGCAGCCCAACUGCAGAGCCAGGUAAGAAUACGAAAGGGUAGGCUAAGCCCUUUUCUAUCUGUGCUGUGUUUCCGCGUGGCUGGUUCGUAAGGCCAUUUUUACUACUAAUACUGUAUAUUUAUUCAGUACCAGCUGAGUGUCAGGUGCUGGGCAGAUCCAAUUUGGUGUGGGUGAUGACAUGGUGAACACAUCAGGAUCAACUGUCAAUCACCUCCUCCUUCAACUCACCUUUUGACAGUGUUUUUUUUAAGAUAAUUUUUUUAUUGAAUUUUCAUUUUUCUACAUAACAAAUUAAACAUUUUACAAACUUUGAAAUAUCCAAUAACUUCCUUUCUUCUCCUUCCAUGGUUCAUAUUACAUAUCAUAGUUUCCCGCAUAUUUUACUGUAACCAUUCAAGUCAAUUUUCCACUUUUGCAUCAAUCAAAUAUUAUUUACUCUGUUGAAAUUAUUUUAAUGCUGCCAGUGUUUUCAGCUGUAUACAAUCAUUUUCCAUAUAUUCAAUAAAUAUUUUCCACUCUUCUUUACAUAUACGUUGUUCUUGCUCUCUUAUUUUGUGGGUUAAACCUGCAAGUUUUGCAUAUUCUACCAUCUUAAGUUGCCAAUCCUCUGUAAAAGGCACCUCACCCACUUUCCAUUUUUGGGCCAACAAAACACAGGCCACUGUUGUUGCAUACAUAAACAAACUUUUCUGGUACUUGGGAAUUUCUGUAUGGGUUAUUCCUAACAAAAGGACUCUGGCUUUUUUGGGAAAGGUAAAUUUAAACAUUUUUUUCCAGCUCAUUAUAUAUCAUUUCCCAAUAUUCUUUCACCUAUCUGCAUGUCCACCCCUAAAGAAAAAAUGUUCCUCCCAUUUCUUUACAUUUCCAGUAUGUUUCUAAUUCUGCUUUAUACACCUUUGCCAACCUACUUGGUUUUAAAUACCAUUUAUGAAUCAUUUUCAAAUAAUUCUCUUUCAGCAAAUAACGCGCAGUAAAUUUUCAGAUCACUUUUCCAAAGUUUCUCCCAGAGGUUUAGGUCUAUAUUGUGUCCUAUAUCUAUUGCCCAGUGUGUCAUCUAUUGCCCAGUGUGUCUGAUCAGCACAUCUUUCACCCCACUUCUUGGAUCUGGCAGAUGAUGGAACACAUACGGUUCAGAGUAGACACCACCCUAAGACAUAAUGCUGCAUCUUUUGUCUUGGAGUCUGGAUGGUCUUGUAUUCAGUUCCCAUUAGCUGCUUGCAUAUAGGGCAGAGACAGGGUGGGGCGGUCAACUUACAAUAGUCUCCAAGCUGUGCAAAAAUGGCCCAGGCCAGCCCCCACCUGCUGGGAUUCCUCCCAGGGAGCAGAGCUUACCUCAUCACUGGUUUUUGAGGUUACCUGAGCUCCGUGUGCACUCACCUCAGUGACAUUUUCAUCAAAGGGGCAGGAAGUUGUGUGGGUGGCAAAUUGUGUUGCACCCAUCCCACGGAUAGAGCGGAGUUGAGGUUGAUGUGCUUUUUUUUUCUUUAGCACCCACUUCCUGGACUAGGGGAGUCACUUAUUCAUCACUAAAAAAAAGAGGAUGCAAAUCUGCCUAAUAUUUGCAUAUGUUAAUUCAUCUGUAGGGGUGCCAAUUUAGACGCAACUGGUAUAAUCUAAAGAAAAUAAAGUACAUCUCACCAUUGUGGGGAAGAUUGUGACCAGGUGAGAUGCGUUUCUGGUGUCCAGGGGCUUUAACUGCCGAGGGGCCACCUCAAGCCUCCCGCACCCCCCACUUUCCCUUCUUAUGGUUCUUUUAAAUCAGACAGCACUUCAUGUAGAGGACUCAGCCAAACAGAGGACUGUCUUUCUCCUACCUGGUACCCUUCAGAUGUUGUAUGACUGCAACUCCCUCCACCCUUGACCAUGGACCAUCCCUGUAGUCCUAAAUAUCUGAAGGCCACCAAGUUGGGGACUCUCUUCUGACAGGCCUUCAAAUGGAGGACUGUAAAAAAAGGCAUAUGGACCCCCUAUCCUGAACUGAUUGGCUGAAUCUCAGGCAAUUUCUGUAGCAACAUAAGCCAGGAUUGGCUCUUUUGGCAGGAUCAAUAUUGUCACUGUCUUCUAUGAGCCUGUACCAUACUGAGGCUCCACUGACAGUUGUGAGCUUUGGGGUUGUGUGUGUGUGUGUGUGUGUGUGUGUGUGUGUGUUUUAAUCCUGGAAAUACUGCAAAUCUCUGAAUACAGUACAGAGUCCAGGCCAAUAGUAUUUUUUAUGAGUGUUCAACCCACACAUACUUUUCUCCCAUGCUGGUUUCAUGAAUCAUGACUGAGGGAGGAAAGAUGUAUCUGUGUGAAGAGCUCUGAAGGAAACAAAUGGCCUCCCCUCUGGACAGCCUCAGGCCGAGAUGCCUUAGGAACAUAGGAGCAGAGCAGGCAGUCUUAUACACAGUAAGGCCACUGGUCCAUCUAGUUCAGUGCUGUCUACACUGACCGGCAGCAGCUCUCCAGAGUUUCAGGCAGGGGGAUAAUUCCCAGUCCUACCCGGAGAUGCAAGAGAUUGAACCUAGGGAAGUUCUGAGUGCAAAGCAGAUGCUUUUCCUCUGAGCUACGGAGUUCUUUUUCGCCAUGCUAUACUGAGAAUGCCUCUCAGAUAGAAAAAAAAGUGGGUGGACCAGUCUGUAUUUCCCCAACUCUUGGGUUCCGGUUAUCUCAUUAGCUACAGAAUCGGAAACAUCACAGGGUCGGUAACAUUCCCACAUGCAUUUCUAUCACUUGAUUUCUCAUAACUUGGACCUGCUGUACAUGUAGAGCAGAAUGAUGUGGCAAUGAGCUGGAAGCGUCCUGAGGUGGUAGAGUGAGCUGUAUCAUUUUAUACCGCAGGUGGGAGAACCAUAUUUUUCAAUAUGUAUAUAAAAAAAAAUCCCAAACCUGAACACUCUGCAGUCAGGAAAGUGGCACAGCAGAGGGUAGGGCUGAGACCUUUCUCCGUGAUGAGCUAGUUGUUGUUGUUUUACUUGCAGGAAAUUUGAUACAUGGAAAAGCAAACAAAAAUGCUAUCCUUCUACCUACUGUCUGAGGUGGUACAAUCCCCCUUGCCCCUCCAGAAUUCUGCUACCUUAUUCUGCUGCAUGUGCACACCAGACCUUGAUUACUUAGCAAUGUGGCCACCUAUGCAACAGAACAAGUUGGUAGAAUCCUCAAAUUGCAGGUGGGGAUACCACUUUCGAUGGCUUUUCCACACUUUUGCUUUUAACUUCCUGCACGUAGCAAACUGAGGAGAAUGGUUCUAAGUCAAGAACUUUGCACUAGUUUUCUGUCAGUAAGCAUUUGUCUUGGUGUUGUUGGUUUUUCUUGUUUUUCUUUUUAAUACAUGCAGACUGAGCUACAGUCCAUGCAACCACCUGACUCCCCCAUCUCAUUCUGCUGUGUGUGUGAACUGGGCCUGAAUAAUUGGCAGCUGAAUAUGACAAACUGAUUCAUUUGCGGGGAAGGAAGGCCUCAUUGCAAAGUGAGGGGAAAUGAGGGGAUAUGAAAGUUCUAUCUGUGGGAGGUCUCCAACUAAACAGUAACACUAGUGCAACAUCUUUUAGCUGCACAAUGUAAGUUCCCCACCCUCUCCUUUCCCCAUGCACACCUGAGUUGGGGGAAAAACCCAAGCAGAUUUGAGUGGGGCUGCAUGGGGAGAGGAGAGGGUGGGGGACUUACAUUCUGCAGCCAAAAUUUGUUGCACUCGUGUAAAUGUUUAGUAAGAUAAAACCAUGGAUAUAUCUGUGAGGACCAUUCCUACAUGUGAGUCAUCAAGUGAUGGACAGGCAUGCAUGAACCAACUCAACACAUCAGCUUCAUGCAUGUGUUUAUCCACGCCAGAUCUGAAUUUCCCAAGUAGCAUAAGGAUGUUUGGAGCUUUGGAAUGUAUGGGCUUUCUUUGCCUUGCUGUUUUAGCAAGUUGUACUAUAUUAAAUUUAGAUCUGUAAAUUUAGAUAUCUAUCUAUCCAUCCAACCAUCCAUCCUUCUAUUUCUUUGUUCUCCCACUGUGUGACUUCUGAUCCAACUCUUCUCUGCAUCUUUCCUGCAGAAACACGCAAGCUACGUUUGGUGGAUGGAAGAAGCAACUGUUCUGGCAGGGUGGAGGUUGAAUACAACGGUACCUGGGGCACCAUAUGUGAUGACAACUGGGACCUGGCUGAUGCUGGAGUUGUGUGCCGGCAACUGCAUUGCGGCUGGGCUCUUCAGGCUCCUAUUGCCUCUCAUUUCCAGAAGGGGACAGGCCCCAUCUAUUUGGAUGAAGUGAAGUGCUUGGGGAAUGAGUCUUUUCUGUGGGACUGUCCAUUUGAGAGGAACCAUGACUGUGGACACAAGGAAGAUGCCGGUGUUAUAUGUUCAGGUCAGCACAGAUAUUUUCCUCUCUCUGUGUGUGCACAUGUGCAUGCAUACAAGUGUCUACUCAUACAGAUGACCCAAAGAACUGUCCAUUUCCUGAUCCUGGAGGAGACAAACUCUCAUUAUCCCAUGAUCAGGCCUUAAUGACCAGACUCACAUUGCCAUGCUAAUACUUGGAGACUCCACCAAAUGUGGAAGUAUUGGUGGAGGAGGAGACAGGGUAGAAGUUGCUUGACAUCCUUGCUUUCCUUCCCUCUAUUCCAAGACUGGUAACGGAGGGCAAGGGGAAACAGAAGUCUUUCCACUGACCUCAUUAAAACAUGUCAGAAGAAGCAGCCAGGGCAUUUUCAAUCCCUUUUCCUUUUUGUCUGUAUUCUGAGCCUGGUGGAGCAGCCAAGAACUAGUACAGAAAGGAAUUCCCAGUAUAGUACCAGAUAAAGUGAUGUUGCUGGCCUAAUGUUAACUGCAUGUGGACACUGGGCCAUCCCUGCUUUAAAUUUCGUGUCCCGUGCAUAUAUUUUACGACAGCCGCAUGACAGAAGUGCAUCUCUUGUGCAGAGCUAUAGGAAAGAUCAAGCAGAAAUCUAUUCCUCAAAGAUAGACAGAUAUUUGUCAGUUGUAGCUCAGUACCAUCUCAAGAGAAAUGGCUGCUCCCCACAGGUUGUGUUGUUUUUUGUUUUUAAUAGAGAUCAGUAGAAAUAUAUGAAUCAGAGCCCUGCUGGAUCAGGCCAAGCUCCCUCCAGUCCUGCAUUUUUCUCUGGGGCAGCUGGAGACAUCAGGAGGACCGUCUUUAUCUUUUUCAAUAAUAAACCAUGAAAUAACUUUAUGUCUCUGAAGAAGUCCCAGGCCCAAGCAAGUAGUGCAAGUGUUUUGAGAACUAUGUGUACUGAAUGUAGCUCCCUUGAAAAACAUGUAGCCCUGUUCCUCCUAAUGCCUGGCCUCCAAACCAGGGUGUCAGCACUUAGCAAGAUUGGGGAGAUCUCCUGCGCUGACCUCCACACCUCCCAUGGAAUCUUCUCUCGGAAUGUUUCCCAGAAAGCACAUUAGCAUAAGUUAUGCUAAGCACAUCCCUGCUGUUUUCGCACAUGGUACCUAAAGUGACUUUGAGACACAUGGUAGCAUUUGAUGUCUUCAUUGCUGAACUGAAACAUCAAAAAGCUACCCACCCACACCCCCUUUGGAUGGGAGCUCAUUUUUAAAAAUAUCAUAGGAAGACGAAGGAGGGAAAACGUCAUUUAUUACUGUGGGACAGAAAAUGGAAGAUGACAGCCUUGAAACCAAAUGGGCAUCCUACCAUGUCCUUAGCCUCCGUCUGGUCCAUUGUUUCUGAAUGUUAUGAUUUGGCAAACAGAAGAGAGACAUUUUAAACUUGAAGACAUGUUCUGAUCAGCGUGGCAAUCUCAAUCCUCAAAUACAGGAAACGGCUCUACUAUAGUUCUUAGCAUCACACAUGAAAAUGCCUUCCAUGUAACAGAUAUAGCUCUGGCCUACAAGAAAAGGAAAUCACUGGUGCUGAUAAUGUAGCAGUGUAUUACAGCAUAAGAGUGGCAUUUCCCCAGCUGUUUUAUCUUUGCUGAUUCUAUUUCUCUCCCUCACUCCCAUCACCUCCGCAGAGCACCAGGAGUGGCGGCUGUCAGAAGGACUAGAUGCUUGUGCCGGCCGAGUGGAGGUUUAUUACCGGGGCACCUGGAACACUGUGUGUGAUGGUAACUGGUACCAGGAUGAGGCUGAUGUGCUCUGUCACUCAUUGAACUGCAGUGAGAAGGCCUCAGUCCCGAGAGUGCCUUUCAACCACACGCUGAUGGGCAAGAUGUACUAUGACUGCUCUGGAACAGAAAACUCGCUCGCCAGCUGCAGCUGGCUCUACAACAAUAGCAAUGUGUGUGCUGCCCAGUUUGGAGCUGCUGGUGUGAUCUGCAAAGGUAAUUACCCUAACUGGUGUCUCCAGUAUGCCUUCUCUUUUUCUCUCCCUCUCUCUGGUGCAGAUUUCAACCAAAGGGGUAUAAUGGUAGGAACAGGUAAGGACAGGGGAGAACUCUGAUUCAGUUGGCGUUUAAAGGCAAAGCUAUGUCAUCUGAACUUUCCUUUUUUUUAAAAAAAUGAUAUUUAUUAAAGUUUCAAAGAAAGGAUUACAUAAAUAAAAAGAGGAAAAAAAGAAAAAGAAACAAAAAGGAAAAAAAUACAAAAUACAAAAAAAGAUAACAAACACUUAAAAAACACAUCAGUCUUUCCAUGCCUUUCAUUUCAUUUCCUUACUUCCCUGACCUCCUCACACCUCCCUUUUUUGUAUUCCAGUUCUGUUAGUUAAUUCAGCAAUUCCUUUCCCUCUUUGUUUUUGUCUUAAUCCUUUAACUUAAUAUAUUAUAACUUUGAAUUUUCACCUGUUAACAAUCCAUUUUUACAUACACCUUUAUAACAUGACUGCUAAAACCACUUAACUUCAUUCUGACAUCAUUCUAACAUUCAUUAAUUUUGCAGUAUUUCUGUAAAUAGUCUUUAAAUUUCUUCCAAUCUUCUUCCACCGACUCUUCUCCCUGGUCUCGGAUUCUGCCAGUCAUUUCCGCCAGUUCCAUAUAGUCCAUCACCUUCAUCUGCCAUUCUUCCAGAGUGGGUAAAUCUUGUGUCUUCCAAUACUUUGCAAUAAGUAUUCUUGCUGCUGUUGUGGCAUACAUAAAGAAAGUUCUGUCCUUCUUUGGCACCAAUUGGCCGACCAUGCCCAGGAGAAAGGCCUCUGGUUUCUUCAGGAAGGUAUAUUUAUAUACCUUUUCAUUUCAUUAUAGAUCAUCUUCCAGAAAGCCUUAAUCCUUGGGCAUGUCCACCAAAGGUGAAAGAAUGUACCUUCAGUUUCUUUACAUUUCCAACAUUUAUUAUCGGGCAAAUGAUAGAUUUUUGCAAGCUUGACUGGUGUCAUGUACCACCUGUAUAUCAUUUUCAUAAUAUUCUCUCUUAAGGCAUUACAUGCCGUAAACUUCAUACCUAUGGUCCAUAACUGUUCCCAGUCAGCCAUCAUUAUGUUAUGUCCAACAUCUUGUGCCCAUUUAAUCAUAGCAGAUUUCACCGUUUCAUCCUGAGUAUUCCAUUUCAACAGCAAGUUAUACAUCUUUGACAAAAUCUUAGUUUUGGGUUCUAACAGUUCUGUUUCUAAUUUUGAUUUUUCCACCUGGAAGCCAAUUUUCUUGUCCAAAUUGUAUGCCUCCAUUAUCUGAUAAUAAUGAAGCCAAUCUCGCACUUUGUUUUUUAGUUUCUCAAAGCUCUGCAGUUUCAAUCUAUCUCCCUCUUGUUCCAGAAUUUCCCAAUAUUUCGGCCAUUUGGCCUCCAUAUUGAGCUUUUUCUGAGCUUUCGCUUCCAUCGGUGACAGCCACCUUGGGGUUUUGUUUUCCAAUAGGUCCUUAUAUCUUAUCCAGACAUUAAACAAUGCUUUCCUGACAAUAUGAUUUUUAAAUGCUUUAUGUGCUUUGACCUUAUCAUACCACAAAUAUGCAUGCCAUCCAAAUACAUUAUUAAAACCUUCUAAAUCCAAAAUGUCUGUGUUUUCAAGAAGCAGCCAUUCUUUCAGCCAGCAAAAAGCUGCUGAUUCGUAAUAAAGUUUAAGGUCUGGCAGGGCAAAUCCACCUCUUUCCUUUACAUCCGUUAGUAUUUUAAAUUUUAUUCUAGGCUUCUUGCCCUGCCAGACAAAUCUAGAGAUAUCUUUCUGCCACUUCUUGAAGCAAUCCAUUUUGUCCAAAAUUUGCAAUGUUUGAAACAGAAACAACAUUCUAGGCAAUACAUUCAUUUUUAUCGCAGCAAUACGGCCUAGCAGCGAAAGCUUCAAAUUUGACCAAAUUUCUAAAUCUUUUUUCACUUCAGCCCAGCAUUUUUCAUAAUUGUCUUUAAAUAGAUUCCCAUUUUUAGCUGUCAUGUUAAUCCCCAGGUAUUUCACUUUCUUAACCACUGUUAAACCUGUCUCAUUCUGAAACCUCUCUCUCUCAGUCACUGUUAAGUUUUUCUCUAAGACCUUUGUUUUUAACUUAUUCAGUUUAAAUCCUGCAACCUGACCAAAUUCUUGAAUCAGUUCCAAAACCCUUUUAGUACUAGAUUCUGGCUCCUGUAAUGUCAAUACUAAAUCAUCUGCAAAUGCUCUCAAUUUGUACUGUUUAGCUCCGACUUGUAUACCUUUAACCAAUUGGUCCCUUCUAAUCAUGUUCAGCAGGACCUCCAGGACCGAUAUAAAAAGCAAUGGGGAGAUUGGGCAACCUUGUCGUGUCCCUUUUUCUAUCUUAAAUUCCGUCAUCUGAACUUUCCAAAGUGCUGUGUGAACCAAAAUGCCACCCUCCUUGGGAAUUCAAUUUUGCAGUGCCAUUCUCCGAUCAAGUCCUCAACUUAAGUCUGGGGGAAAGAGAAACCGAGAGCAACUGAAACAGGCAGAUAUGAAUAUCAGAAGAUCCUGCUGGAUCAGGCCAGUGGCCCAUCUAGUGCAGCAUCCUGUUCUCACAGUGGCCAACCAGAUGCCCAUAGGAAACCACGGAGCAGAACAGGAGCACCCUCCCUUCCUGUGGUUUCCAGCAACUGGCAUUCAAAAGUAUUGCUGCUUCCAACUGUGGAGGCAGAACAUAGCCAUCAUGGCUAGUAGCCAUCAUUGAUAAACUGUGAAUUUGUCUAAUCCUCUUUCAAAGCGUCCAAGUUGGUGGCCAUCCCUGCCUCCUGCGGGAGCAAGUUCCGUAGUUUUAACUAUGUGCUGCAUGAAGAAGUACUGCUUUGGGGGUGCAGUCUGUCCUGAAUCUUUCAACAUUCAGCUUCCCUGGAUGUCCUGUUCUGGUGUUACAAGAUCCCCAGGGACAAGUGAUUGUCCAUUAAUAUUCCUCACCACCAUCUGCCUGGAGCAUCUCCACCCCCAUCGUUCUGCCCGGAUGCUGAGGUCCAGCGCCGAGGGCCUUCUGGCGGUUCCCUCACUGCGAGAAGCAAAGCUACAGGGAACCAGGCAGAGGGCCUUCUUGGUAGUGGUGCCCACCCUGUGGAAUGCCCUCCCACCAGAUGUCAAAGAGAUAAACAACUACCUGACAUUUAGAAGACAUCUGAAGGCAGCCCUGUUCAGGGAAGUUUUUAAUGUGUGACAUUUUACUGUAUUUUUAAUCUUUGUUGGAAGCCGCCCAGAGUGGCUGGGGAGACCCAGCCAGAUGGGUGGGGUACAAAUAAUAAAUUAUUAUUAUUAUUAUUAUUACUACUACUACUACUACUACUACCACCACCACCACCACUUCCCUUCAAGAUUAAGGACUUCCCUGCAUUUUUGCCUUGCCAGACAUCAAUAUCCAUUUAACACAUUCUCACCUGUGGACUAUCUGCAGAAGGUGAAGCCAAGAAUAGAUCACAUGCCUAAAAGCAUUCCAGAGUAAAGACAGGCCAAAUUUAGAUCACUAGCUGAAAUGGAGACAGAAAUCCCACCUGGAGCCUGGGGUUCUUCCCCCUACAGGCAUAGCUGAUCACGUUGGUGAACUGGGCUAUUUGUUCCCUGUUUGCUACCAGUCCAAAAAAUGAUCCAAGUGCUUCCAUGAGGCACCUUAAUGACCAGCAAAUUUAUUAUGGCAUAACCUUUCAUAAAUUCGGCCCUCUUCAUUGGAUGCAUAAAAUAAAUUCUUAAUUGGUAGGUAUAUAAAGAAGAAAAAUGGUAAGGUGGGAGCUGAAUAGCAAUCAGGUGCAGAAAUCUCACCGAGUGAUAAUUAGAGCUUAACGAGGCACACCAUUAAACCCUUUACAGCAGCAGGCUGGUGUCAAUUGCUGACAUGAGUGAACAACACAUAGCAAUAGAGUGGAACCUCAGUUUUCGAGUGUCUUGGAAGCCGAAUGCUUCAGAACCUGUACGCUGAAAACCCGGAAGUAAAUGCUUCCAUUUUUUAACGCGUCUCAGAAGCCAAAUGGCUUCCGCUGCAUGUUUUUCAAUUUUCUCAGUGGAAAUUUCCAAAAGCCCUUUGCACCUCGGUUGUUGAACAUUUUGGAUUACGUUCGACAACCAAGCUUCCACUGUAGCAGGAUAUGUCAAUUUCAGUUUUCUUGGUUUCUCAUUUUUCCAUUACUGAAUUCAUUUCACCACAAUUUGCAGUGAUUUCCAUGGAAAGAGGAGUGGUUGAAAUCUAUGCCAUGCCAGCCCAAUACAGAUAGUAGCCACAGGGUCCAAGCUUCAGCAGGGACUUCAUGCCAUGAUGCUGUUUGGCUAUCCUGAAGGGGGUGAUUGAGAUGUCACUUGGGAACAGACCCACCCACCACCUGAAAAUGCCCUGGUUGCGUUGCAGAGUAGCUAGGUAGCUGGUUUGAUGGUGCAGAAAUCGCUGUCACAACAUGUAUCACAGUCUAAAGGAGCUUCCAGUUGUCUCUGUUUUACCCCAAGCCUGCAAUGUGCUUUACCCGACAUUGUUUCCUGCUGAUCUACAUGGCUGCCGGGUGCUGACAUGAAACCAGCACAGGCUGCUUAGUCUGCCUGAGCUCAAUACAAAGGUAUCUGCAAAUGAGGGAGGGUCUUUGGCUCUCCCUGUGCUGCUGCUGAUUUCCUUAAAAUCACAAUAAAACAGAAUUGUAAAAACUAUGUGGGGGGAAAACUAAGAGGAAAAAGCAGGAGCUGGGGGGGGGGGCCCUUCUCACCCACCCAGGAUCCUGAGAAGAUGCAGUCUAGACCCUCUUUCUCAGUCUCCUGCUCUCUAACCCCAAAACUAAUACGGUCCUUAGGUGUUGCUGGUUCUUUACUCUUCUGUGCUCUUUUCUGGAUUUCAGGCUCACAGGGUUUGGCGGAUCCUGCAAACACACAAGCGACAGAAGCAGUGACUCCAGUCUCCCACCUGACCAGUCCACGUAAGUUCAAGCCUCAAGGCACUUUCUCCUGCAGACAGUAUCGCAUCUCCCGUCUUGUGCUCAGGCGUUACAGAAGGAGGUAGCAUAAAAUCAUGAUCUCAGGUUGUUUGGUAUUGUCUGCCUGUGUGAUCAGUACCCAUAUGAACAAACACCCAGCCUCUAAACUUUCCACACCACACCUGCUGUUAUCUUUAUAUAGCCCUUGUUCCUGGUCUGUGUCCUCUAGGUGACAUAGGGACUGUAUGCACAGCUGGGUAACUGAAACAAAUAGUAAGACUAGUCUUCAUCCACAGUUAUGCCAUGCUACUAAGUUGUUUUAGACUGGCUUUCAUAUUGUGUUGUGCUUUAACAUUGCAACCUGCCCUGGGACCUUAGGGUUAAUAAAUUUAAUAGUCAUAAUCAUAAUCAUUGUGAUGAUGUUACAUGCCACCCCAAUCUCUUGAGUGGUGCAAGAUUCCGGGGGUUCCAGGCACUUACUCAGGAUUUGUGUUUCCUUUGGAAUGAGGUGCAGCAGAGACUGGAGAGUUAAUAUGGUUUAUGGUUUAUUUGCACAUAUUUACAACCAGAGCCUGCAAUGGAGGGGUUCACAGCAUUAACACCCCCAUAAGGCCUUGCUUCUCUCAUAGCUGCAGCCUUGGAUUCCUGGAGAAAUCAGGCAUGGCUCUGAUGUUCUGCCUUCCCAGCCGGCUGCCUUGUUUCCAGCUUCCAGCACACAGAACUCCACUCUCAACUCUGGCCUUUGUUUUUCUAACUACUUAUGAGUUGAGGGAGGGGGAGCACCCAGAUCCACUCCUCUGGAUUCCUUAGUGGCCCAUUACCUCAUCAGGAAGCAAGCCUGGCUAUUCCAGGAAUUAGAAGGGGCCCCAGACAUUAGAAGGGUCUUGGCAUACAGCCUACUCCCCCCUUCCCAAACUCAUAACAACAGCACCAGCAACAACAAUAGCAGCAACACAUUUAUGGUAUAAGAACAAAGAAAACACAGAAAUGGCAUAAAAUCAAACACAAGCUUGGAAGGCUGUUUCCCUCUUCCUCGCCCUUCCUCCUUCCACACAUUAGAGGCACUUGAGGAUUUGUUUAUUUUGCAUUUAAUGCAAAUUUUCCAAAUCCACACUUCCUGAACCAAUUAGCAAAUCAGAAUGCAUCUCUCCUUUGAAAUCUGCACUACUUUCAGUUUUGCCAUGCGGUUUGCAAACCAAAGAAUGCAUACAAAAAUGUGCUUAUUCCUUGAAAAUAGCAUGCAAAAUGCAUUCUGUUGGGGGAAACUGAUUGACUGGUUGUAUUUCUAUUCCACUUUUCAUUCAAAUGAAUCCCAAAGCACCUUACAAACAAUAAAUAACAAUAACAUAAUAGGACAUCACAAAUGCAACGUAAAUCUACUAUGCAAAAAACAGCUAUAUUAGGAGAAUGUUUUUGCACAAAAUGCAUAUAUAUAUUAAUGCCUACUUGGGGGAAAAAUCAUCAUGGGAUGAACUGAACUGGGAAAAUGUAGAGAAACUGAAAUUGAUUUCUUCUUCUUCUUCUUCUUCUUCUUCUUCUUCUUCUUCUUCUUCUUCUUCUUCUUCUUCUUCUAAAAUUGUCCAUCUUUACUACCCACCCACAAUUGCUAAUGUUUCCAUUUGCAGGUUGGACUGCACCUGAGAACUUACCGGUAGAUGUUAGACCGUCAUACCAGAUACUGCAAAUUCUCUGCAUCGUCCUGGGUCUUCUCCUUUUUUUGGCCAUUCUGACUCUAAUUAUCACCGUUUUGCGACACAGGCGAAGGGAAAACGGUACCAUUGGUAUGCUGGGCAUAACCAGCACUACAGAGGGAGGAAACCUACAUUUAAAUAAUGCUAUGGGGAAUUGGGUGGAGUGGAUAUAAUAUACUAUGUUUUGGACAGCUACUAUAGGAAGGCUUCGAAACAGAUGCCAGAUCCCUUCCUGGCAGGAAUCAGAAAUGCUGCAAAGUGUCCCUGCCAUGGAUUCAUAUUGCCACCAAGAAGCUGUCACGAGCUGUCAAAUGUUUUUCAGUCUCAGUGUAUCCCUGCCACUUCCAGAAGCCUCCUUUAUAACAAGUCUAUAAUGCUUCCUGAAAUCUGAAGGAGAGUGCAGAUAGAUUUCAAGAAUAAGGGUUGAUUGCAAAUGAGACUUAGAAGCCUCUCAGAGAAAAGUGUGUAAUUGAGCCACUAUCUCUCGGGGCUCCAGGUGUUCAUUUUCUCCCCUAUUAUGGGCAUUUAGUUAUAUGGAUGCAUGUCGGAAAUUCAUUUCGUUUGCUUUAAAGAUGCAACAUUCAGCCAGCCUGCAGGUUGUCAUUUUGGCAGAUGUUUGUCCCUAUAGUUUAGUAGCAUAUCCCUACUUCUUGGCUCCCUUUUGAAACAUUUACAUGCAAUAAUAAUAAUAAUAAUAAUGUGCUACACACAAUCGCAAAGCUGCUAACCAGGUGAACAGAACAUAUCUCCACAUUGCUUAAAAAAGCCACAAUGAUGCCAGGUCUGUUUCCAGACAGAGUUCAGAGUGCUGGUGCAUACCUAUAAUGUCCUUCAGACACCAUCCUCUGAGUGCAGGUCUGGCCCAUGAGGUAAAGUGAGGCAACUACCUCAGGUGGCAGGAGCCACAGGAGCAGCAGAUCCCAACGUUGAUCUGUCUCCCCACUCCCACCCCAAUUGUUUCCAAUCUUCCCUCACUCCUUCUUCCUUGGCAGGGAUGGGGGUGCCAUUUUGGGGUCUGUCUCAGGGGCCAAAAGGUAUUGAGCCAGCCCUGUCUAGGUGCCCCUGUCAUCAGAGGUGAGGCAGGUUGAGACAGGGGAGAGGGGCCUGCUUGGUUGUGGUGCCCCACUUCUAGGGUGCUGUCUCUGAGGAAGCUCACUAAGUGCCUGUUCUGUUGUCCUUUUAGUGCCAGGCAAAACCCUCUUUGUUUUCCCAAGCUUUGGGAAAUUGUGUCUAAUCACUAUUUCUUGGGGGGGGGGGGUUGCAGGUGGAUUUUAUUGUCAUUUUGCUAUGUAUGAUGACCAGAAAAUGCUUUCAUGUUUACUUUUUUUACGUGAAUGAAUGAUGUUACCCGGCAUGAAACUUUGGGCUUAUCAACACUUAACUUUCCUCUGGUUUUUCCAGGCACAGCGCACAAUUUAAAGCUCAGUGUCUGAGCACCCACACCCACACCCUUUUUUCUUUUUGCUUCAGAGCUUUUCCUGGGAAACCCCACUCUUAAAAAUUCACUGUGCCUAGAAAGAGCAGGGUGAAAUGUUUUGCCCAAAGUUAUUGAGCAAGCAAGGAAAUUCGGCAAAAUCCGAUAUGGGUUGCCAUACGUCAUGUCUGACCUGUCUUUAGUUACUAUGGACGACCUAUAUUUCCUUUGGACCUUUCCAAACUAUCAUCUCUUUCCAUAGUAAAUAUGUGCAGAUGCUAUUCUUUUCUUACAGAGCACAUCUGUUGGAGGAAUAUUUCACUUUUCCACUGCUCAGUUGGCAGCAUGGUUGUUGGUUUCCCCCUGCCCCGGAUAACGCAAUAGUUACUCAUAUGAUUACCAUGUGGAAGUUGGUUGUGAGAAUGUCACCUCAGCACCCUCUGAGGAAUGGAAGGGAAGCAUGUAUAGAAUGAGGGACCUGUGGCCCUCUAGAUGUUGCUGGACUCCUCCCAUCAGCCCAGCCCAGCCAGUGGUCAUGGAUGAUGGGAGUUGUAGUCUGACAACAUCUGGAAAGCCACAGGCUCACUAGUUCCACUGUUGUCAGAGCAGGAGUCAAACUCCUAUCUGCGUGCAAAGUCCCUUUGAAGGGAAGCCUUACAGAAUGAAAUAUCUGCUUUCAGUUGCAGAUAGUGCCAAUCCCUGUGCCUCAACUGCUGCUCCCAUCCUUCUAAAUCACAUCAUGCAAGUCUCAGCCACUGGAACACGCAACAACUAUCAGCAAGUCCCCACAAACCUCCCCAAAGAAGAAGGUAUGGGAAGUUGUAGCUUGCUGGCAUCACUUGUAUCUCCCUUAUUCCAUCAACCACCUGUCUCCCCACCCUCUCCUGUCUUCCUGGCAGUUACUAGUUUCCAUGUUUGAUGGUUUGGGCCAGAAUCUACGAGACAGUAGCCCAUAAGGCUGUCCUUGAUGGGCUGCUGGGAGCGAAAUGGUAGCACUAUAUUAUCCCUUGUCUCAUGUGUCUCCCACCUCAUAAUGGCUACUGAGACACAGUAACGAUUCCAAUCUCUUUUUUGCUGCAGUUAUCCAAUAAUGCUGCUGGUUGGAUGUGUUUUAUAAUUAUCAGGAUCACAACAGGCAGUUUUCCUGAGGAAAGUCCCUGCCUCAGAGCUGGUAUUUGCUACUGAAUCCCAGUUAUUACCAGCCUCACACCACCAGUGAUGCUGUUUGUUUUGAUAACAUUGUCCCUAUCAGGAUUCCUCUCAGUUUAACCAUUUUAUUUUCAUAAAAAGUUAUUUUUUAAAAAAACAACAACAUUUAAAUAGAUAAUAUAACUCCAAAAAAAGCCUACAGCUAGAAAAUCUACCGUACGGUACUUUAAAUAUUGUAUAAAUGCCAGUACCCAUUCCAAGACGUUUGUGUUUAUCAUCAAUAAUGCUCUGUGAAUGGUUACUUAAUGUAAGUGUCUGAGAGUGUCAUUUUUUUGUAUUUUGUUUCCCUCUGAUUUUACUGGUUACAUUUCUCCUUCAUGUCUCCCUGUGUUUGUGUCUAUCUACAAGCUAUCUAUCUACUCUGCCAAGCAAAGAUAGCAUUUCAAGCAUCUGAUAAAAUGGUUGAAAUAUUUUGUGCCAGUGAAAUGCUAUUAUGCUGGAGAAUUCAUAAGCAGGUUGCUGACAGCUUUGUUGCACGAUGGAUCAUGCAAUCUGCCGUGAUCUGAGUUUCAACUAGUGCAACUGUUGUGUUGGGUUCCUAUGUUGUGCAACAAUAAAACUCACCUAUCCCCUGGCACAAGAGCCCUGGCAGUAGCAGAUAGAGAAGGUUGGGUGUAGCCCAGGGUAAGUCAGUCCUGCUGCAUUUCUGAGUUGAUCCUGGACUUGUGCCCUGAAGUCCUGCCUGAUAGCUCCACUAGCUGGUUCUCCCCGAGUGGACUCAUGUUUCUUUCUCCCUUUCAGCAACGGCAGUGCUGCCUACACCCCUUAGUGAAGACUCUGAUUCCGACUAUGAACACUAUGAUUUCAGCAGCAAACCACCUGUGCAACUGUCUACCUUCUACAGUGAGCAUCUCACCACUGCCAGGCACACACUGCUUUCUUGUCAGAAACUUCCUAGCUUCUUUGGACCAAGCUGUACAUCCAUGAUAAUCCCUCGUGAUCCUUUGUGGUUCUAACAAAGGAUUUGAUCAGGACUGGGGGGGUGUUUAACCCUUUCCUUUGUGCUGUUUUCUUAAUCAAAAUUCCACCCACUCCCCCCCCCCAUAUAUUCACACACACCCCUCUGCUUGACUAGCAGCAGUUUGGGAAGUCUGACUUAGAUCAGUAUUAAAGGAAAAAUGCAGACAAAACUGCAUGCCACACAUUUGAUUUUAAUAUUUAGUUAGGCUCCUUAAACACUUCCUUCUCCACCACUACUGUUCCUUAGUGCCACUUGGCCCACCUGCUAUUUCCCUAACUCCCUCCCUCCACAGUCCCCGAAGAUUUUCCCAUUGCAAACUUUAAAUGCAGAUUAAGUGCAGGUUUUCUACUAAGAGAUGCAAGUUAGACUUCUGUGCCCCACAUCUAUAUGCCUGGGUUAUUAUGCAAUCCACAUUCAGAGGCAAUUGAAUGUUUGUUAGGGGUUGCAUUUAGGAAGCUGAGUAUGUGUCCAGUGUGUUUCUUCAUUCCCACCCCAAUAAAAUCCCAUCAAUGGGUUCGUGCAGAGACUGGGUAGGGAGCAGAAAAUGCUCUGCAGGGACAGCCCAUGGGUUCAACUGGCCCCUCCCAGCUAGUUGGAACAAGGUUGGGAGUGAAGGCAGAGAGGUAGCAGGAGAGGACUGGGGAAGGAGGGAGCAGGAAGGCACCCAGGCAGACCUGAGGAGGAAUUUUGCCCUUUUGGUUUGCCUGGAAAGGGGAAAAAAGCCACAAAAAGCCACAAGGGGCAAACCUUGUAAACUUUAAGAGUUGUGGGAACUUAGGGUUAAAGGAUCUGCAAGUUUGAUGGUUCAGAGGUGUGCUGUUUGAAUACAGCAUAUAUAAUAGCCUACUUUCCUGACAAAUCAACUUGUGCUCCUUAGUCAUUUGGUGGUGGGGGUGACAGUGAUAUUCUGUGGAUCCUCCUACCCCUGUGUUUUGAAAGAAACCUCCUUCUCCCCUUCCCCUGCAUCUGGGAGCUUGAUGAAGAAGUCUGUUUGGCCCCUGCUUUCAGAUUCUCUUCGAAACCGAGUGACUGAUGAAUACCCUCCCCGUUACAAUUUUGCAAUGCCAGCUAUGCACGAGGAGGGGGACAACAAGCACCCCACCUCAGAGGCCUAUCCACAAGCAGGUGAGAGCCUUUCUGUACCUUUCUGGGGGGACAUAGUAAUUGUGAUGCUGUUGCUGAUUUCUUGUGCUGGAUCCAGUUCCUCACUGCCAUAUGAAGUCCCUGGUUUUCUCCAGCAGGACCUGCAGCUGAAGACAGUGACAGCACCUCUUCUGGAGACGCAGACUGGUAUGAGAACAUCCAGAAACCAGAGCAACAGGAAAGCCAUCCAGGAAACGAGCCUUCCUUUGGAGGUGAAGCAUAGGAUUGUUAUCAAUGGAACUUUAAUUAGUCAGCUAGCACAUUCAAAGGUCAUCGCAAAAUAAAACAAGGUUCUAUCUACUCUGAACGUCAGAGAUGAGCACAAACUGAUCCCUUCAAAAGUGAGGUCAUUCUCUGUAAUGAAGUUGACACCAUCUGGUAAUUAAGGCUUUGCGGUUAUGGAGCACGUGUGGCCAGGCGUUGUGUUACACACACAUUUGCUAAUGUACCUGCAUGUUAGAUACAAAAGAGAGAUGGAACGUUAAAGAAAAAUAUUCCACAUUAAACCAUGGCCAGACAUUUGAUUAAAAUUCAGUAGAGCUGACAGGGGCCUUAUAGCAUUGCUUUGGGUGGGGGCGUGUCUGACCUUUAGGCUGCCAGGUGGCCAUCUGUGGCUUAGACAAAAUGGAUUCCUAUUGUGGGACAGUUAAUGGCUGUGGGUGCCGCACAUCCUCAUCUAAAUAUAGGGCUGCCAAUUACUGCAACCCACAAUGCAGGGCUCUAGUGAUGGUCAAGCAGAGCAAGAUCGCCUAAAGAGAGAAGAAUAGGGGCCAGAGCUCUCCACCCUGAGAAGCCGAUAGUUUUCUCCCUCAUUACCCAGCAAGACGUCCAGAGAGGCUUCGCAGCUGGAUAGUUGGGUCACCAAGCACCUCAGCUUUCCCCUCAGCAUCUUUUCCUUCUGAGCUUCUUCCUUCUUCUUGGCAACUGACCUGAAAUGCCCUCAUUUCUUUGCUUCAGGUUCGACAGCUUCCCCCAGACCUUUGGUGAACUGCAAGGCUGGGCCUGGGAACAGCUCAUUUGACAGCAGCAGCAGCAGCGAUUAUGAUGACAUGUGGGCCUAAAGGGCAGGGAUGCAGCUGGGAUGAUGCCGCUCCAUCUGUCGUCAGCAACGCCUCCAUCAGAAACAGCCAAGGGUGAUGGCAAGGCUGAGAACUGAAAGGGACCUACCUGUUCCCACAGUCUGGGCCUCAAGGAUUCAGCAUUUUGGAAGAAGACCAAUUCCCACAAAGAUAUGCGUGUGUCCAACUCCAUUCCCAGGACCAACUAGAAAUUUGUUGCAGUCGCAGAGCCAUGUGUUUAUUCUGCCUGAGAUUUUGUGCUAUUGUGAGAAUAACUAUGGGGGUGAAGAAAAGAACUGAGGCCUCAGAUUGAUUUCCUUUCCCCAGUUUGUAUGGCCAGCCAGCAGUGUACUGUCACAAAGCAGUUGAUACACUGACAUACCUACCACCCCAGCAGGCUGACUUCUAGCUUCAAAAUCCAAGCUGCUGAAGCAGAAGCUUCUGGCAAUAAGCACUGGCCAGUCUCCUUGAAUGGUGUUACAUCACCAACACAGACUUCCCCAUAGCUGCUACCCAGGAUGGAGCUAAAACAAAGUCCUCGCUCUAGGAACCAGAGCCUCUCCGACAGUUUCUUCCUUGGGGAGAGCUCUUAAUUAAAUGCCAGGGUUUCUUGGAUAAGGGUGAGAUGCUUUCAUGAUGGGAUUAGUCAAGGCUGUUCCACCUGAAGAAAGCCAGAACUGCUGUUUCAGGGGCUCUGCUUUCUCCUCACUGUGGGGAAUGGAGCACUGAUUGCUAGGACUAGCCCCACCUCACAGCAGUUUUAGCUUUCCGCUCUGGGGCUUGUGAAGGCCUGUGAGCUCCUGAGAUGAAAGGAGGACAGCAGUUCCUUCUGCUACAGAAGCAAAUUUGGGGAAGAACCAGAGUUCAGCUGGCAGCAAAGAGCUUUGCCUGCUGUCAGGCCCAGAUGCAGUCCUUGCUGUCUCCAGUUCAAAACAUCUCAGGUAACAAGGCUGGGAAGGACCUUGGCCAGACGCCCUGGAGAGUUGCUGAUGCUAGGCUAGAUGGACCAACGUUCUGACUAGAUAUAAGGCAGCUUCAUAUAUGGUCUAAGGUCAGGGCUGAGAAACCUGUGGGCCACCGAAGAACUCUGACUGUCAGCCAUGCUGGCUGGGGCUGAUGGGCAUCCUGCAAUUUCCAAAGAGCCACACACAGCAAUGACAGCUGCUCUAUGUGUCUGGGAGUAUACUGUCUGGGUUAACUGUAAGGCCCCCCCAAAGCGCUUUGUGCUGCACUAUAGCCAGGACCAGAAGCAUCUAAUGGCAGAAAUGAAUGUAUCUGAUGAAACCCAAGCACAAGCAUCUUCUAUUUAUUAAGAGAGUUGCAUUCUCCUGAAGCGGGGAUCAAAUUCUUAUUACUCAUCCCAGCAUGGUAAGGUAGACAGUGGCACUUUUGUAAUAAUGGCGAUUUGAAUAUCUGCUUUUUAUUCUCCUUACAGAGUUUGGAAUUGGAGGUGCAGCCUGCGAGAGAGGGGUAGGGGGCUGCUGGGCACCCAGAAGCCAGAAUCAAGAGCAAGGGAGCGACUGCUGUUUGAGCUCUACCAGUCUCUGGCACUCGUUGUCUGUGAGGUUCUCAAGGGCCCUGUCUGGUCCCUGUCUCUUCCAGAUCUUCACAAGAGGGUCUUAAGUAGAGCAACCCUAAUUUACAUCUAUGCUAGAGCAGGGAGGCAUUUCAGAGACUGGCUUGCAGAGUCAUCAACCACACCCAUUGCUUUGCCAUUAUUGCUGCGGGCAGUGCGGAAGAUGGGGGCAGCCUGUUUGUCUUCCCUCCCAUUGACUACAAUAGAGGGGGUUAAUUGCACCAGCCCCAGGGGCUGCUGUGGAGUUUCUCCAUUUCUGUGGAUGGGUUGGGGAAAAGGUGGCAUAUCUAUGUCCAACUUGCCCUGUUUCCACUCCCACCAGUGGAACAUCUGUGCUCUUCACUGGUGUGCCAGGGACAUUCUAGCAAUGUAAUGCCAUUCUGCCAGCAAUUUUCUGUCUCUGCCAGCAGAGAGAUACAUAAUGCUAUGCCACUUUCUAAGGCUCCUCAGCCAGCUCUAUGGUGGGGCUAGGUUUCUUCCCUUAGCACAUUUCAUUUUUCAACAAAGUCGUUUUUUAAAAAUAUUUUGAUGUCUACGCAUAAGAAUGAAAAGAGUGAAUGCAACAAACGUGUACCGUGCAUGCUAUUUAUUUUCUAUUAAAAAAAAUAUUAAUGCUGCAUUUCAUCAAAAAGGAUUCCACAGCAGUUUAUAACAGGACCAAACGAUAACAACCAACAACAGAACCAACAGUAAAAACACGCACAAAAUUUAGAAAGAGAGAGGCAAUCAAACAGCAACAAACUUAAAGAGUGUUAGAAAUAGCAGUCGCCAAUCGAUAAAACUUAACAGUUAGCUAAUGCAAUCUGAAAUCCGAAAAGGUUUUAAGCUGCCAUGGAAAGAGAAGAGGGAAGAGGUUGUGUGAGUCUUUCCUGGGAAUUCCAGGAAAUUGGAGCUUCUACCAGAGAAGCCCUGCUGUCACUGGUGGUCAACGUUUACCCCAUGUGCACUCACCAGGGAGACAUGAUUGGCUGACUCAGGGGCAGAGUCUGAUUAGCACUGAGUGGCAUUUCUCUUACAUUUAAUGCUCCUCAGGCCAGCACAUGUUGUGUCCGAUAUUUGCAAGAAAUAUAAUUCCAGUCUUUAAAAUGUUCAAGAUUAGAUCCAGGGUAAGUAAGUUGCACUUGGGUCCCUUUAGAAUCUAUGCAAAACUAACCAUGAAUUCAUUCCCACU